GAGCUUUUCAAAAUGGCGACCCCCUAUGUUACAGAUGAAUCUGGAAAAUAUAUUGCUGCCACGCAGCGACCGGAUGGCACGUGGAGGAAACCGCGGCGGGUGAAGGAAGGCUACGUCCCCCAAGAAGAGGUCCCUGUAUAUGAAAACAAGUACGUGAAGUUCUUCAAGAACAAACCGGGCCUUCCGCCAGGCCUGAGUGCAUCAGACGCCGAGCCUUCAAAUCAGCAGCAGCAGAAGAUACCAGGAUGCGCAGACAGCGACGCCGCCGGUCUCUCCAAGUCGGCAAAACGCAACCUGAAACGUAAAGAAAAGCGAAAACAGCAGCAGCAACAGGAACUGGAGGAGAGUACGGCUGACGCGGCGACUCUUGUUGAUGCCGUUGAGAAAGUGAGCAUCUCUGCGGGUGGCGAAGCCGCAGAGGAUUCCAGCUCCGUAGAGAAAGCCAAGAAAAUAAAAAAUAUGAGGAAGAAGCUGCGUCAGGUUGAGGAACUGCAGCAGAAGGUAGACUCAGGGGAAAUAAAGCAGCCGACGCAGGACCAGUUGGAAAAGUUGGCCCGGGCAAAAACUCUACGAGACGAGUUGGAGCAGCUGGAGCGCCUCUCAUGA